GUCCGUGGUGAAACAAAUACCUUGUGCUCAGCUGUGAUGUGGUAUGGACUAAUAAAGAGACUGUUGAAUUAGGGUUAGCGUCGAAGAAGUAAAAAAAACAACAAAAAAUCAGAUUGUGUGUUUGAGUUUUAACCAGUAACGUCAGGUGGACCACCUUUGCUGACUUUUUUUGUAAACGGAACCGAAGAAGUAACUGACAUUCUGUCAGCGGUUGAGACAAACCAACGUCUGUCUGUCUGUCCGUCCGAGCUAACUAGAACAAGUUGUUCCUGAUCGAUUAAACCAUGGACGCCGUGGUUAAAUUCACAAACCAAAGCCAAGGAAGGGACCGUGUGUUCAGGGCAACCCAGUAUGCGUGUGCCCUGUCCGUAUAUUUACUUCAAAAGAAGAGCUCAGGAAGAAAGGACCUUGUGGCCAAACUUAAAAGUCUUGAAGCCACCAUGAGCGCUGGACGAAAAUUGUUCAGGCUGGGAAACACAUUAAAUUCCAUUGAGGCUGCUAAGCGAACCAUGCAACUCUCUGACCGAGUGCUGUGCCUGUGCCUUACUGUGGCCAACAUCAACCGCGCCCUCUACUUUAUCUGUGACAAUGUACUUUGGGCCAGAAGCGUCGGUCUUAUCCGCGAUAUUGACAAGGAACACUGGAGCCUAAAUGCCUCACGCUGCUACUUCUUCUCGCUAGUAAUGAAUCUGAGCAGAGAUGUUUAUGAAAUCAUCCAAUUAAUGGUGCAGAAAGCAAGAGAUGAGCACUUUAGACAGAAAAUGGAUCAGCAUCUCAGUGAGAAUCCUGAAGUAGCUGAAGUUGUCAUUCCUCAGUUGGAUGCUUUACUCUUCCUGCUGCUCGAGAGCCUAAAAUCACACCCGGCUGUCGCCUUAGACACACUGAAAAAUACCUGUGAUCUCUUCAUUCCUUUAGACAGGUUGGGUAUAUACAAAUCAAAUGCAGGAGUGGUGGGAUUUUGUGGCCUGAUAUCCUCACUGAUUGGGAUUGUAACCCUUGCACAACCCAAGUUAAAAAUCAAACCGUGAUAACGAGGGCGGAGAUAAACCUGACUAACUAGCUGCAAAUAAAGCAGGUUUAUCAUGACAGAUUGCUAGCUGUAGUGUUGGACAGUUAGAUCAGGCAACACAUCGCAGGGACACUUUGUAACAAUUAUGUUGGACAUACGUUGUAUGUUUUGCACUCAAGCCAGCAAUAACAGAAGGGCUUGCAAGUUUCUGGAAUGAAUUUGAUUGUUUUCUAAAAAUAUUUUAAUUGAUUGAAUUCAUUACAUCAUGCUUAUGAAAAAUACACUGAACGGGGACCAGUUCAAUUUUAAAACACUGGUUUUAAAGGGAGCCAAUCAAGUUCAGACAGUAGCGUUUUCUAUUUUUAGUAGCCAAGGCUAAUCCUGUGUGCAUUCCUGUGUUCUUCAACACAUCGUGUAUAACACCAGCAGUUUGGUAACUACUGUACUGUACUUGCAAAUGAGGGCUUCUUACUGAUGCUUUUCUCCUGUCUCUUAGAAAAAGUUAAUCUGAGUGGUGUUGCCACUUUAAGUGCAUUACUCUCAGUGAUAAAAUGCUGCUAAAGGUUUUACCUCAAUGAUUAAUAAAUGAGCUACUUCUCAGCAAAAAAAAAGUUUUCACAUUUGCAGAUGGAAAAAAACAGCUGAGAAAUAUCAGGUGAUAUUUAUUUUUCAUCCUGCGUGCAAGACAUGUAGGAUAGGACUUUGACUGCCUGCAGAUCACACUGUAUGUUAACGUCAGGAAAGUGUAAUGAAAUGAUUGAGUACAAACCCCUCCACUGCCCCCCAGAUCAUGUGUUUACAAUUAAAUUCUUAAUAUAUUGUUGUAUGUUUGGGUUUUCUUUCUAAAUCUAGGGCACAUUAUAUUAAUUAUCACAUGUAAUAAAUAUUUUAAUCUCACAAUUGUUUUUGACAGGAUAAUAAAACUAUAUAAUGAAUAAUGUUACUAAUAUACCUUUAAUAUGUAAUAUUUAAUAAUGUUACUAAUGACUAACUCUGAGCAGUGGUCAUUAUCAAACAGUUGUAAUACAGAUUAUAAACAGAGUAGCACUGCCCUCUUGGGGAAACAGGGGAAACAUGACACUUGUAGAAUUGAAAAGAGUUUUAUUUUUCAAUUAUACCGAGACAACAAUACACUUUUUUUUUCUGAAAGCUUUUCUCAAGAGGAUGACAUCGUGAUAAAGCAUCCACCUUUAAAAAAUUGCAAAAAUAUAUUCCAUUUCCCUUUCACCAUACUUUGAGUUUUGCUGUGGGAAAACAAAAGGAACUAACUAUGCAAAGAUGAAUCCUAUAAAAGAACAAACACAUACAAAGCAAUAAAUAAAGAAAUUUGUUCUCCUAAAUAGAUCAAUUGCAGUGAUUCAUGAUGUUCGAUUUCACAUUUCUGUUGGGGCAUUGUUUUUCCAGUACCAACAAACAUACUAAACACACCUUUAUGAAAUAUGUUGAAACAGUUUGCUGGGCUGAAAUUGGAAGUUAAAACAGCUAAACAUGAGAUGUAGUGUAAUUGGUCUCCUGGUCUUUAAAUAUCAUAUGUCAGUGCCGAUACACUUAAUAACAUACAUUUUGCAAGGCAUCUGAUAUCAACUCAAUCCAAAACAUUAUGAACAAAGCACUUUGAAAAGUGGCAACAGUGUGAAACUACAGAUGUGUAAAUACUGCUGGCCCAAGUGUUUUUUUUUUCUUUCUUAAUACCGAUGAUGUUAGAUGCAGAGUCAACCUGCUCUUUGAAUGUAAAAGGCACCUUCAGUAGUCAGCUUCUGCGACAGUGAAAAAAAAAAACCCUCACUAAGCGCCUGGUUUCCCAAAAAACACAUGAACAUGAAUCGUACAAGUAUCUUCAUUCAUACUUGCCCAGGGAGUGUCACUCAUGAUGCAAUUUGUUUGAUUACAUAUUUAGUGGUAAAUGGAAAGCCCUUAACUUCAAUUAGUUCUGUAAUUUGUUAUUUUAUGGUCUCAUGGUCUGAAUGGCGUCAUGUAGACAUUUCCACCCCACCGUCAUUAAAAAUGUCUCAGUACCUUUUCUGUUGAUGAAUGAGAAAAUUCUGUGAAACAUAAAUAAAUGACUUUGUAUAUCUGA